CUCACUCACUUUCCUUUUAUUCAAAGCAAAUUUUUUUGCUGAAAAUAUUCCUUUUUUUCUUCUUCUUUCUUUUCCAUGGAAGGAGAAAGUGCUUUUCUUCCUUAUCAAAAUUUAUCAAAAAAUCAUCCUCCUCCAUUAACAGCCAUAGAUAGGUUUUUGUUGAGUCAUGAAAAUUAUUUUCCUCAACAAAAAAAUAAUAAUGAAAAUGUUUUUAGUGACUUUUCUCAUCAUUUUGUUGGUGGAAAUGCAAGUUUUAGUAGCCAUGCAAAUGGUAUAUCAUGGCCAAAUUUGCCAGAGCCAAGUGUUAUGGAAGGGUUUUAUAUGAAUGAAAUACAAGAAAAUAAUGGUUUGUUUGAUCAUGAAAAAAAUAAAGUUAAAGAGAGUGGAAAAAAAGUGAAAGAAGGAAAUUCAUCAACAAAUUAUUUGAUCAAAGGUCAAUGGACUGAUGAAGAAGACAGGAAAUUGCUUAGGUUGGUAAAACAAUUUGGAGUAAGAAAAUGGGCACAAAUUGCUGAGAAAAUGGAAGCAAGAGCAGGAAAACAAUGUAGAGAAAGAUGGCAUAAUCAUCUACGACCUGAUAUCAAGAAAGAUACAUGGAGUGAAGAAGAAGAAUUAUUACUAGUGGAAUCACACAAGCAACUUGGAAACAAAUGGGCUGAAAUUGCUAAAAGAAUUCCUGGAAGGACUGAAAAUGCAAUAAAAAAUCAUUGGAAUGCUACUAAAAGAAGGCAAAAUUCAAGGAGAAAUAAAAACAAAAAAAUUCAACAAGCUGGUGAUGAUGAUACUCAAUGUGAACGCAAAUCCUCCUCCUCUCGUUCCACCGUUCUACAAGAUUAUAUUAAAAGCAAGUACUUCAUGAGUGAUGACAAUUCUCCCCCAACCGCCACCGCUUUUAACGGUGGGACUUAUAGUGGCGGUGGAUGCAGUUCCACCGCCACUACUUUCACCGGAAGUACUCCACCGUACUCCGAAGAUGAUUCUCCGUCUUUGAUGACUCAUCAAACACAUGAUGAAGAAAUGAACUUCAUGCAAAGUUUAUUUGGACAUGACAAUAUUAAUACUAUCGAGCCACAAGUAGUAACUCAAGAUCUUCUCAACAAGAGCUCGUCUGAUUUGAACUCCUUUAGUAAAAAUUCAUUGACUCCGUGUAACGUUCAGAGUUACACUCCUCAAUAUUAUCCUCCGGACCUAUACCUAUCGUACCUUCUAGAUGGUUCUAAUUAUUUUGGAUGUGGAAGCAUGAAUAAUACUAAUCAAGGUUGUUCAACAUCAGGAGGAGGAAACAUUAAGGAAGUUGAUUUGAUGGAGAUGAUUAAUUCAACUAAUUCUCAAUUAUCUCAAGCUGGAACCUUCAACAAAAACUUCUUUUAAUCUUAGUAUUAUUAUUAAUUAUUAUUAUUAUGUUGUAGAUUUGGAGUUAAAAAAAAUAUUGUGGGAUAGUAGUACUUUUUAGUUUUGUUUUUGUUUAAUUAUGGAUUAUCUUAAUCUUGUCGUGUUUUAAGAAUGAUUAAUGGUUCUUGUUUUAUUAUAGUUUUCAGUUUUUUUUUUGAAUAAUUCGUUACAUAUUCGUCAUGUUUUAUGUGAAUGCCUUUAACUGUUAAUAAUCCCUUUUUUUCUAACUAUAAUUUUGUCAAACCUUUUUAAAAUCUUUGAAUUAUUAGUAUUGACCACCAUAAUUUAUAUUUAGAAUUCUUCUUUUUAUUAUACUAGAAUUCAUCGAUGUAUACAAACUAAUAUAUUAUGUAAAGUAAAAUAACAAAAUUUUUGCAUAAUUUACAAUGUCUUUCCGUGUAAUUUCAAAUAUAUAAAUUUUAUUUAAAAUUUUAGAAAAUUCAUGUACAAAUUUAUGAUCAAAGUUACAUUCAUACUUAAUAUUUUGUACUUACAUAUAUUGAGAGAU